UAUUUGUGCUUAGUAACAGAUGACGUGUUAAUGUAAGCGUGAAAGCAGUAUAUGUAUGUGUACUUGUGCUCAGUAACAGUUUACCAUGGCAACUGUCCGGGAUUUAGAUAAUGAUUGGAUGGAACCAUUUCAUGUGUUCGGAAAGGGUGAAGAAAAAAUGAGAAAAAAUGUAAUUAAACGAUUUGGGGAUUAUCGAAUCAGCGGCGAAGAAUGGCGAAAUACCACGGAAGAAUCUGACAAGUUCCUACAUAAUCUAACCUCUGUCAUUCACGGGAAUUCCGGGAAAUAUGUUGAAGAAUUUCACGUCAGUAAAGAGUAUACUAAGCAAGCUAGUGGCAGACAAGGUCUAAAAAUCCAUUCUCCUGAUGAAUUUGAUCUCAUCCAACCAAUUCAUUUUAAAGGAUUAGACCUUCAACAGUCCAAAAUCAUAAAUACAGAUGGAAAAAUUGCAUCAGGUUUCAAUCGACUGAGAGUUAUGAAUAAGAAUGUAGCAUCCUCUCAUCCUCGCCUUCAUCACGAGGGAAUAUUCCAGCGAGAAGAUGGCAAUGUAUAUCUAAAUUCUAAGAAUUUUCACGAGAAAGUCUAUGCUGGACUGGCAGACAAAGCUAUUGAUGCUUCCAGAAAGGAUAUGCCUAACUAUAAGAUAGUACGAAGCGUUCACCCGCCAACAAUUGCCGUCCAGGUGACGUCACCAAGCGGUAAAGUCACCAACUAUGAUGUUGUACCAGGGAUUUUCGUUCAGGAGGAGACCAUAAGAAUUCCGGAAAAGAUAACCGGAAAGAAGGCCCAACAUGUAAAAUUGCCGAUUUAUGCCGUGCCUAAACAAGACAACAGGAACAACCCGUUAUUCCAAAAUAAAGACCGGCCUCUUAUUUGGCGUAUGGACACAAGCUCACAUGAACGAUGCAUGGCAGAUCUAUGUAGAAGUUCGAAAGAAAGACAGUAUAUAAUGACGGCAAACCGCAUCCUAAAAUCAGCAAUACAAGAAUUGAAAAGGGUAAAUCAUCCUAUUGGACAUGCCAUCAAUUCAUAUCACUUGAAAAACAUCGCUUACAUGACAGUAUAUGAAUUGACAAUGACCGAUUCCAAUUGUAAACUAAACGGGGUGAAAGAUGCUCUCGGUCACCAAAUUUCACAUCUACGAGAGUGUCUUACAGAGCGUUAUUUGCCAGAUUUCUUUCAAGGAAACAAAGCUCUGGAGGAAAUAUUUCCUGGAUCGAUAUUGAACCGGUCUCACCGAAAACAAAAUCUGUUUUGGAAAGUCAAUCCAAGCUUGUUGGUCUUGGCUAAGGAUGGAUUGCCUCAACUGCUUGAUCAAUGCAGUGGGUUCUAUACUUGUAAAGGUGGACUGUAAUGGACAGAUCUCUGAAAAUACAAUGGAUUGCAGACUAAGUGCAAUUAAUAUCGUUAACUUUAAUUCUUUUUCCUUUUUUACGCUUUGUAGUGAAGUUGAUCUGUUGUUUGCCUUUGACGACAAUGGAGAGAACAUACCCUGAUUGAACUGAUGAUGACAGUUGCUUAGUCAACCUUUGGUAACGGGAUUGUUUUUGUUGUUCAAUGUCAUGGUGUCAGAUGAUCACUGUUCGUUAUCGUUAGCUUUCACUGGAUGCAAAUAAAUCGAGGGUUGGAUUCAUAUUUAUAUGUAAAUACGGGUCAUGCAAGUCAUUAGCAUAAGACAAUUGUAAAAUCAUGAAAUAAAUGGUUGCUUGUGAUAGAUGAA